AUGCACGUUACCGCUGUCCUCUUCGCCGCUGCCGGUCUUGCCGCUUACGUCGCCGCCGACGACAACUGCAACGACAAGUGCAAGGGCUACCAGACCUGGAUGUCGUCUUGUGCCGGCUACGAGCCCUCGGGCUCUGGAUGGAGCGACGAGUGCACCUCGUUCUGCACUGACUCCAAGAAGUCGGACCAGUACAAGGACUGCACCAAGUGUCUCUCGGAGAAGAACGGCCAGGACGCGGCCACGCUCAACGGCUCCCUGAACCGUCUCUGCGCCCAGGUGUCGCAGGUCAAGUCGCUGUCUGCCAGCGCCAGCAAGACGGGCAAGGACGCCAAGAAGACGGACGACAAGGACAAGGACGCCGCGGGCCGUAUUGGCGUCAGCGUCGGUGUCGUUGCUGCUGCCGGUGUCCUUGCCUCGCUCUUCUAA